CUGGCCUCGCCACAACGGGGCUACAGCAGCGCGCUGUUGGCUCUGGCCUGUCCUGCAACAACAGCCAGACUCAGCAGGAACCUCUCCGGCAGCCCUCGGAUGCCCCGUGCUGGCGGCCGCCACUGUUCUGGAGCCCUUCCAUGAAUCCCCAGAAGAAAGUGGACCUGAAACUCAUCAUUGUUGGCGCCCUUGGCGUGGGGAAGACUUCCCUCCUUCACCAAUAUGUGCACAAGACGUUUUAUGAAGAUUACCAGACCACACUGGGGGCCAGCAUCCUCUCCAAGAUCAUCAACCUGGAGGACACGACGCUGAAGCUGCAGAUCUGGGACACAGGCGGGCAGGAGCGGUUCCGCUCUGUAGUGUCCACCUUCUACAAAGGCUCCGAUGGCUGUCUCCUGGCUUUCGAUGUCACAGACCUGGAAUCCUUUGAAGCCUUGGAUAUCUGGCGGGGUGACGUUCUGGCCAAGAUCAUCCCUGUGGAGCAGCCCUACCCCAUGGUGGUGCUGGGAAACAAAAUCGACCUGGAUGACCGGAAGGUGCCCCAGGAAUUAGCCCAAGGCUGGUGUCAAGAGAAAGACAUUCCCUAUUUCGAAGUCAGUGCCAAAAGCGACAUCAAUGUGGUGCAAGCCUUUGAGAUGCUGGCCAGUCGGGCACUGGCGAGGUACCGCGGCAUCCUGGAGAGCCAUCUCACAGACUCCAUUAAGCUGUCACCACACCAGGCCCAGAGAAGAUGCUGCUGACUCCACAGCGGCCCUGGACCUGGCCUUCAACUGCAGACUCUGGGCCCAGAACCAGCGGGCAGCGUCUCCCCUGGCUGAGCGAAGGCAGCGGAGGGCUGCCCCCUGAGAAUCAUGGUCAAACUGCAAACCCUAGAGAAGAUAUGGACAUCCUUGGUGGCCCCGACUCUCCUGCCAGAAGGCACAUCUGGGCAGAGAGACCAAUGACCUUUAGGUCCUGCGACCCCGUCAGCCUGCCCUCCUGGCUCCUCCUGCGCCCAUCCCAAAGCCACUAGUACACAGGACGAUGCAGCUCAGCAACCUUCAGCCACUAGAAGAGGUUGUGAGACUGUGUACCCCAAAUUCCCCAGCAGGGAAGCCUGAGACCCCUCCCCAGUCCCCUGCCCCUUCCACAGGGGAAUGUAGGGGACCUGGAAAGGCCACCAGGCACACAGGGGCCUGAUUGGGUGCUUAAGCCACCUACAUACAUCUCUGAAGUCUCAGCUUGCUCAUCUGUGAGUGGGGGUGGUGCGUGACCUGCCUACACCAGAGGGGCUGCACUAAGUCUCAGCCAUCCCUAAUAACCACUCUCACUUCUUCAACCUGUGUUCCUGAACCUACCAUGUGCAAUACACUAGGAUCCAGGGACAAACCAAACACCUGAUGAGGGGGACAGGCACAGGGUUUAAACAGGUGUUUUGAAAAAAUGAACAAUGGUGUGAUAGGACAAAGAGACCAGGAGGUAGGGGGUAAGGUGAUGUUUGAGACACAAAGUGGUCCAGGAGGGCUACCUAUUGGGAACCCGGCCCCGCAAGACGUCCCCUUGGUGCUCUGCCAGUCGUCCACAAGAGGGCAGCAGUGUCCCUCCAUGCUGGGGUUGAGCAGCAGGGAUGCCUUCCACCUAGGCUGCUGAGAGCUGUUUUCCAGCUCUGGACAAGCUCAGCGUUAUAGAGUUUGUGGAGCCAGAGUCCCCAGGUCCUCACGCUUAGUAAGAAAGGGACAAGAACUGCAGUGAAGGAGACAAACUCUAGCCUCAGGCCAAGUCCAUGUCCCCACCGAAGUUGCCUCCUUGGAGCCCCCAUGCUGAGCUAGUGAGGUCAGCAUCACCACGUGUCACCUGACACCAGAGAAGUGGGGGAGGCAGCAGGAGUCCUGGAGUCCCUUCUCCCCCACAGAGCGAAAGGGCUCAUCCAGGAUAUCAGCGGGGAGCCCCCACAGAGUCAGGCUUGGCAGAAGCACAUGUUGGAGUCCCAGAAGCAAUGGGUGUCCUCAUGGUGGGGGUGAUGUUCUGUAGGUCACCCAGGCUACCCUGGGAGUCAGAUGUGUCACGGCUGAGAAUGUUCAUGCGCACAGCUCAUCAUCCUCUUGUCCCUUUGUUCUCAGCGUGGUGACUGCAGGUGCUGCUUCACUUUCUGCAGCCUUCCUUGCACACUGAGCAACCCAAUAGAUGGAAAACUCCAGAAAUAAAUGA